AUGAACCUUAUUAUUCUCUUCACUUUCGCGGAAACCAUCACUGCCUUAGUUCCUAGGUUGAACGAUUAUGAUGAUCUUGAGUAUGUUGGAAAAGCAACCAUUGGAAGUCAAAAAGGCCAAGAAUUCGUGGUGGUUCUAGACACAGGAUCAGCAGAUUUUUGGAUACCCGAUCGAAAUUGCAUAACUACAUGCAAAAACAAGCAUACUUUUGACUCGUCUAAAUCUAAAACAUACGCAGCAGACGGUAGAACAUGGACUGUUUCCUACGGAGACGGGUCAAACGCAACCGGCUUUAUAGGCAUUGAUUCAAUAACGAUUGGAGGCAUCAACGAAGAACAGUUGGCAAUAUCCAAGCAAGCGUUCGGUCAGGCCACAUCUAUGAGUGGAUUUGAGCAAGACGUGGUUGACGGUAUUCUAGGUCUUGGAUUUGAAGAUUUAUCUGUCACCAAAGUCAAACCUCCGCUUAUAAAUGCAGUUAAUCAGAGGCUUCUCAAUGAACCACUUUUCACAGUAUGGUUGGCCCGCAGGGACACAAAGGAAGGAGAUGUUGGAGGCAUCAUUACAUAUGGCGGGUACGACAAGGAGCACUGCGGGACCAAAAUAUUUAUAGUCCCUCUAACACUCGCAGCUUAUUGGCAAUUCACUAUUACUGGUGUUGGUAGUCAAAGUAUAUGUACCAAAUGGGAUGUUAUCUCAGAUACAGGAACAUCUUUUAUUGGCGGACCGGAAACUGUAGUGCACAAUCUCGCUGUAGCACUAGGAGGAGUGUAUGAUUCGGAAAACGACCUUUAUUUUACUCGUUGCACUUCGAGCAAAGGUAAUCUCGGAUUUUUUAUUGGCGGAAAGCUGUUUGAAAUUGAACCUGCAAAUUAUAUUGUUAAGGUACGUAGAUUUUGUUUGAGCGUUCUACGAAAAAUGAUUCUCUCAUUCAUCUUGAUUGUGGCUUAAAU